AAGAAGGUGUUGUCUAUGUGGGAAGUAGAUACCUACUUUCAUUUUGUUGUUUUUGACUCCUUAGGAUCAAGAGAGAUGAUGCCCGAGUGCACGAGCCUUCAGUUUGUCAGCCCUUUUGCUUUUGAAGCCAUGCAGAAGGUGGAUGUUGUUCGCCUGGCGUCCUUAAGUGAUCCAGAAUUAAGACUUCUCCUGCCCUGCUUAGUGCGGAUGGCACUUUGUGCUCCUGCUGACCAGAGCCAAAGCUGGGCUCAGGAUAAGAAACUUAUACUCCGCCUUCUGUCUGGGGUGGAAGCCGUCAACUCCAUUGUCGCGCUGUUGUCUGUGGACUUCCACGCUCUAGAGCAAGAUGCCAGCAAAGAACAGCAGCUUAGGCAUAAACUUGGAGGAGGCAGUGGAGAGAGCAUCCUGGUAUCACAGCUUCAGCAUGGACUGACACUCGAGUUUGAACACAGUGAUUCCCCUCGUCGAUUGCGGCUCGUGCUGAGUGAAUUAUUGGCAAUUAUGAACAAGGUGUCAGAGUGCAGUGGAGAGUUCUUUUUCAAGUCUUCGGAGCUCUUUGAGAGUGCCGUGUACUUGGAGGAGGCUGCAGAUGUCCUUUGUAUCUUACAAGCAGAGCUCCCUUCCCUGCUUCCUAUAGUGGAUGUCGCGGAAGCCUUGCUGCAUGUUAGAAAUGGGGCCUGGUUCUUGUGUCUCCUGGUAGCCAAUGUUCCCGAUAGUUUUAACGAAGUUUGUAGAGGCCUGAUUAAAAAUGGAGAACGGCAGGAUGAAGAAAGCCUUGGAGGGAGGCGCAGGACAGACGCCUUACGAUUCCUGUGCAGGAUGAAUCCUUCCCAGGCCCUGAAGGUCCGGGGCAUGGUGGUGGAAGAAUGUCACUUGCCAGGCCUUGGAGUAGCUUUGACAUUGGAUCAUACUAAAACUGAAGCUUGUGAAGAUGGAGUGAGUGACUUGGUUUGCUUUGUUAGUGGCUUGCUUCUUGGAACAAAUGCAAAAGUCAGGACUUGGUUUGGAACCUUCAUUCGAAAUGGACAACAGGUGAGAGUCAUGCAUGAGUGUAGGGAAGACUCGUUAGAAGGAGCUUGUUACCUAGGCCUGGUGGCUCAUACAGUAAUCCCUGCACUUGGGAGACUGAAGCAGGAGGAUUACUAUGAUUGCAAGACUAAACGCCAUGGGAGUCAGGCAUUAAGUCUUUGGAGAAUGUACUGUACCCUAGUAAGAAUGGGUGGGACAAGGCCAACUGAAGAAGAAGCUGAGCAGUUGCUGCAGCUGAUGACCAGCCGACCUCCUGCCACGCCGGCCGGGGUUCGCUUUGUUUCCCUCUCCUUCUGUAUGCUGCUGGCCUUCUCCACACUUGUCAGCACGCCGGAGCAGGAGCAGCUGAUGGUGCUGUGGCUCAGCUGGAUGAUCAAGGAAGAGGCGUACUUCGAGAGUACAUCAGGUGUCUCUGCUUCUUUUGGGGAGAUGUUGUUAUUGGUGGCCAUGUAUUUCCAUAGCAACCAGCUUAGCGCUAUCAUUGACUUAGUCUGCUCCACUUUGGGGAUGAAGAUUGUGAUUAAGCCGAGCUCCUUGAGCAGGAUGAAGACAAUCUUCACACAGGAGAUCUUUACAGAGCAGGUUGUCACAGCCCAUGCAGUUCGAGUUCCUGUCACCAGCAACCUGAGUGCCAACAUUACUGGGUUUUUGCCCAUUCAUUGUAUUUACCAACUUCUCAGGAGUCGAUCGUUUACCAAGCACAAAGUGUCAAUAAAAGACUGGAUUUACAGACAGCUAUGUGAAACUUCUACUCCACUCCACCCUCAGCUACUUCCUCUGAUUGACGUGUACAUAAAUUCUAUACUUACUCCUGCAUCUAAAUCUAACCCAGAAGCCACAAAUCAGCCAGUCACUGAACAGGAGAUACUUAACAUUUUCCAGGAAGUCAUUGGGGGAGACAGCGUCCGCCUUAACCAGCGCUUUAGUAUCACAGCGCAGCUUCUGGUGCUUUACUAUAUCCUGUCUUACGAGGAAGCUCUCCUGGCGAACACAAAGACGCUAGCUUCCAUGCAAAGGAAACCCAAAUCCUAUUCUUCUUCUUUAAUGGACCAAAUUCCUAUCAAGUUUCUCAUCCGGCAGGCUCAAGGGCUGCAGCAGGAGUUGGGAGGGCUGCAUUCAGCUUUACUGCGUCUUCUAGCAACUAAUUAUCCACAUUUGUGUAUCGUGGAUGACUGGAUUUGUGAGGAAGAGAUCACAGGGACUGAUGCGCUGUUAAGGCGAAUGCUCUUGACUAGUAAUGCCAAAACCCACUCUCCGAAACAGCUGCAGGAAGCAUUUUCAGCUGUCCCUGUAAAUCACACAAAAGUGAUGCAGAUUAUGGAACACUUGACUCUACUUUCUGCCAGUGAACUUAUACCAUAUGCAGAAGUAUUAACGUCCAAUAUGAACCAGCUGCUGAAUUCUGGGGUUCCACGGAGAAUUCUUCAAACUGUCAAUAAGUUAUGGAUGGUUCUUAAUACUGUGAUGCCAAGAAGGCUGUGGGUAAUGACGGUUAAUGCACUCCAACCUUCCAUAAAGUUUAUACGACAACAAAAAUAUACCCAGAAUGAUUUGAUGAUAGAUCCUCUCAUUGUCUUGAGGUGUGAUCGAAGGGUUCACAGGUGUCCCCCACUCAUGGAUGUUACUUUACACAUGCUCAAUGGCUAUCUCCUUGCCUCUAAAGCUUACCUUAGUGCCCAUCUGAAGGAAACAGCAGAUCAAGAUAGACCUUCCCCAAAUAAUACAGUAGGCUUGGUUGGACAGGCUGAUGCCCCAGAAGUGACCAGAGAAGAACUGAAAAAUGCUUUACUGGCUGCUCAGGACAGUGCUGCUGUCCAGAUUCUCUUAGAAAUUUGCUUGCCUACUGAAGAGGAAAAGGCAAAGGGUGCCAAUUCAGACAUCUCCCUCAGGAACACUCAAGGUGUCAUCACCAUCAGCACUCCAAAUAAAGAAACAGAAGAAGGAGAAGACAAUUUGCUCUGUAACCUUCGGGAAGUUCAGUGCCUUAUCUGUUGCCUGUUACACCAAAUGUACAUUGCAGAUCCCAACAUUGCUAAACUUGUUCACUUUCAGGGUUACCCAUGUGAACUCCUGCCCCUGACAGUCGCAGGGAUCCCGUCUAUGCACAUCUGUUUGGAUUUCAUACCGGAGCUUAUUGCCCAGCCGGAACUUGAAAAACAGAUAUUUGCUAUACAGCUGCUUUCUCACUUGUGUAUCCAGUAUGCAUUACCAAAGUCACUUAGUGUGGCUCGCUUAGCUGUCAAUGUUAUGGGGACUUUGCUAACAGUUCUGACACAAGCUAAGCGGUACUCUUUCUUCAUGCCAACUCUUCCAAGUUUGGUCUCCUUUUGUCGAGCAUUUCCUCCACUGUAUGAGGAUAUUAUGUCUUUGCUAAUUCAAAUAGGACAAGUGUGUGCCUCUGAUGUUGCCACUCAGACAAGAGACAUUGAUCCAAUCAUUACACGUCUUCAACAAAUAAAGGAGAAACCUAGUGGAUGGUCUCAAAUUUGUAAAGAUCCAUCUUACAAAAAUGGAUCCAGGGACACUGGAAGCAUGGAUCCUGAUGUCCAGCUCUGUCAUUGUAUUGAAAGCACAAUAAUUGAAAUAAUAAACAUGAGUGUUAGUGGAAUUUAAAAAAAAAAAAAAACAGUUUUAAAUGCAGCCACUUGCUGCAUUUACUGAAUCUGGACUUUAUGAGAACUUUUUUUUUGUUUUUUGUUCUGAGACAGGAUUUCUCUGUAUAGCCCUGGCUG